UCAUACACUAUUACGUAACAAAGUUUUAAAGCUAUUUUCAAAGCAGAACACAGCUAUAGUUCUCUGUAUUUCUUCAUCUCUUAACAAUUUUAUUAGAUAUUGUCUUUGGUGAGUAAAUGGAGAUAAAUCCACCAAAAAUUACACUCCGUCCAUUUAAUCUAACGGACGUGGAUGAUUUGAUGCUAUUUGCAGGUGAUGAUCAAGUGACUCAAUAUCUUCGAUGGAACACGUUGACCUCCAAAGAAGAGGCGUUGACUUUCAUAAAAGAAGUUUGUAUUCCUCACCCUUGGCGCCGCUCCAUAUGCAUCGAUGACCGUUCGAUCGGCUUCAUCUCAGUCUUCCCUGGUAGUGGAGAGGACAUGUUUAAGGCCAACAUAGGCUAUGGUGUGACCCCUAACUAUUGGGGCCAGGGAGUAGCCACACAGGCCAUGAAAAUAGCAGUUCCUCAAGUUUUCAAGGACUUGCCCCAUUUGGUAAGGCUGGAAGCUUUUGUUGAGGUAGAAAAUAAGGGCUCUAAAAGGGUUUUGGAGAAAGUUGGGUUUCAAAAGGAGGGACUCCUUAGGAAAAGUACUUUCUUUAAAGGAAGGCUCAGAGAUUUUUUUGUUUAUAGUUUUUUAUCCACUGAUUUUCCUCCUCAAAGCUGUAAUUAAAUGUUCUCACUAGUGCGAGGACUUGGAAAAAAAAAGAGAGGAGAUCUUAUGUUAUGAAAUAUUUGUUGUUCGUUUAUGAACGGAUAUGAUGAUUAAUGCGAUAGUCAUGUUUACCA